CUCCGGCGACCCAGCAUGUCGGCGGCGGGGACGGGCUCGUGCUCGGGCGUGGAGGCGGGCUUCUCCAGCGAGGAGCUGCUGUCGCUGCGCUUCCCGCUGCACCGCGCCUGCCGCGACGGCGACCUGGCCGCGCUGUGCUCGCUGCUGCAGCAGGCGCCGCGCGCCCACCUGGCGGCCGAGGACUCCUUCUACGGCUGGACGCCGGUGCACUGGGCCGCGCACUUCGGCAAGCUGGAGUGCUUGAUCCAGUUGGUACAGGCUGGGGCCACGCUGGACACCUCCACCUCGCGCUAUGCCCAGACCCCCGCACACAUUGCUGCUUUUGGGGGUCACCCCCAGUGCCUCCUGUGGCUGGUCCAAGCCGGUGCCAGCAUUAACAAACCGGACUGCGAAGGCGAGACCCCCGUGCACAAGGCCGCUCGCUCCGGGAGCCUGAUCUGCCUCCGGGCCCUGGUGGCUCACGGGGCUCGGACCGACCUGAGAAAUGCCAGUGGCCUGACGGCGGCAGACAUUGCUCAGACCCAGGGUUUCCACGACUGUGCCCAGUUCCUCUCGCACCUCCCGAACGGGCACCUGAACCCACCCUAUAGUAACGGCGCUGUGAACGGGGGCCCUCAAGGCGCGUUUCCCGGCCACCCCGCUCUGGGCUCGCGCAAGAGGCCCCUGGAUGAGGUGGCAGAUGCCUUUGGAGUGAAGAAGGCUCGAACCGGAGCCUGCAGCCCCGAACUGCCGCUGGACAGCGGCGAGCUGGAAGACGACGCUGACAAAAUGCACGUUGACCGAGAGUUCGCGGCUGUAACAGAUGUGAGGGACAGUAGCUUCGCGUCGAGCUUGGUGGCCAGCGGACGUGGCCUCAGUGGACGCUCGGACUUCCCCUGCACGCCGCCCCGCACUGGGAUGGACAGCAGGCGCGCCCCAGGGGUGCCGGGAGGGGGCGGGAGCCCCGACCUCUGCGGCGCCCUGCACCUCAACGGCAGCCCCAGCAGCUGCGUGGCCAACAGGCCGUCCUGGGUGGACGAGUUGGGGGACAGUCUGCACUAUGGACACUACCACGGCUUCGGGGACACGGCCGAGAGCAUCCCCGAACUCAACAGCGUGUUGGAGCACUCACGCUCAGUCCGGGUGGCCGAGCGUUACGACACGGCCGUCCUGGGCACCAUGCAGCUGGACCAGGCAUCCUAGGUCGCCCUCAUCCCAUGCAUCCUGGCUCUCUGGAGCAGGUUCCUGGGGUGCCGCACAGGGGCCUGGCUCCCAUGGGACACUGGCAGGGGCACUCCAUUUCUCCUUCAGCCUCUUGGCUUAGCACCCACUUGCCGUUUUUCCUUUUCGGUAAAAUCUAGCCAACGGGGUUGGAGGCACGCUGGGCCACGGCCCCCUGGCUCCGCCGUAGCUGAGGCACAACAGCGGUCUGGCGAGGACAGGCGAGCACGGAGGAAGGAGCACUCCGAUUCCAAAGUCUGGACACUGCAGCCACCGGCGCCGCCAGGACUAGACCAUCUGUGGAUGCCGGGGUGUAGCUCACUGCCCAAUCCCGAACACACCCCACCCGAGGUGCUGAAUCCCCGGUCCCCGUGCAGCGCCGGGAGCCAUUGGUCAGUCGGCCGCUUCCCUCUCUUUCUUUUCCUCGUUCCCGUUCUCGGGGUUCUCUGCUUUAAAAUCUAUACCACAACGUCUAGUUUGCAGGGAGGAUUUUGAAUCUCCGAAUACAACUGUUACAUUUAUGGUUUUCUAGAUUAGCUUUUGUUUAGUAACUAGUGGUUUCACUGUGCAGAUAUUGUAAUAAAUUUUUACUCUUCCGAUUUUUUUGUAAUAAAAAUUGGUGACGACUUAAACUGUUCAAUGAGCAAAUCGGUGUUCCCAGGGUGUCACUGACCUUGUGUUUCUGAGCUGUCCUUUCCAAUUGAAUAAAAGUUCAUGCUCUAA